GUUAAACUGCUUUUACUAUGACAAGUGAACUUAGUGAGGAUAGUAGUUUUUAUGAUCUCAAGUUUCCAAGAUCUCUAACUACAAGUGUUAGAAAACAAGGUUAAGAGGACUAUUUUUUUGAGUUGAAGGAGAAACAAAAGCAAAUUGAGGAUUUGACUUAUUAGGUUAAAUUGAUGGCUGCCAAUAAUUAAACUUUAAAUCUCUAGAACUAGAUGCAAUAAAGCGAAAUUGAAAGGUUACUUAGAUUUAUAAAUGAGUAAUAAAAUGAAAUGAAAAAAAUGGCUUAAAGAGAUAAUAAAAAAUAAAUAAAUACUAGAUCAAUUAAAAUGCAAUUAAUCAAUAAAAUGUGUCAAUGGGCAAAAUAAUUUCCAUUAGAUUAAUAAAUUUAAUUUGAAUAAAUAGUUUAAAUGAUUAUAUGA